GCUCACAUCAUUCCCAGGCAACGCGGCCUGGUGUUCAGGUCUUUAUGCCUCCCCGGUUAAUGAGGAAAGCUUAAGUGCCUGCGAGUGCCCCCGAGCAGGAAGCACUUCAUUUCCCACAAUACCACUUUCGCGCCUCGCUCUCGCGAGACUUGGCGAGAGGUCGCAGGCGGGCCAGUGUUCUCGCGGAGAAGGCCAGAAGCGCCUGGGAGUCGGGCCUGGACGGUCGACGGGGAGGCGCGGCAGCCACAGCGGACCGACAUGGCGGAGACGGACCCCAAGACCGUUCAGGAUCUCACCACUGUGGUGCAGACUCUCCUGCAGCAAAUGCAGGACAAGUUCCAAACCAUGUCUGAUCAAAUAAUUGGUAGGAUUGAUGACAUGAGCUGCCGCAUCGACGACCUGGAGAAGAACAUAGCAGAUCUCAUGACCCAGGCCGGAGUGGAGGAGCUGGAAGGAGAAAACAAGGUGGCCGCUACCAAGACUUCAACCUGCCAAUAAUCUAUGAUGGUCACAGAAAAGAGACAUUUUUACAAGCCUACAUGGGUUUCCGGACACCAUUUUUGUUUUCUUGUUUCCUUUUUCCAACUACUAGUGUGUAAAAGCAUUUUUCUACAGCUGUAGAACUUGCGUUCUUAAUGUACCUUGUAUAACUAGAUUUGGAACAGUUUCUAUUCUGACUUCUCGUGCAUUGUGAGUUUCACACACUUUUUGGAAUUACCAUGUUCUGUACUAAUUUCAAUUAUUAAAACAUAAUUUGAUAGCUUGAUGGGUCAACUAAAAUGUUAAUGCUAUAUAAGUGGACUUUUUGUGAAGUUGGAUGUAAAAACAUUCCUUUUCCCAGUUGCCUUUUUGUAAUUCCUUUUACUGAGUGGGUAAAAAGUGUUGUGCUUUCUAUCAGCCUAUUUUGUGCACAAGGAUGAUAAUGUGUUCUGAGUCAAUGUGCAGAUUUGUUACUCUGUUAGUAAUAAGUAUAAAGCAAGAAAUAAUCUGCUUUGGAGCUGUAACUCUUCUAAGUUUUCUAUUAUCGAUCUAGGCACUCCUGUGAUUUCAGAGAGUGGACAGUUGAUAUAUGGAAGUAAGUUGUGGCUAACACUGGCCUGGAAACAGGAUUUUGUUAUUGGGAGGUAUCCCUUAAGCAAGAUACUUGAUAGUUCUAAUUAUAGAGAUCAGGUCUUUGGAUUUGUUAAAAAAUGCACACUUUUUCUGAAGGGUGACCCAGUAGACCUCUGGCCGUGGACUGCCAGUUUGCCUUUACAUCUUGUUAGUUGCAAAGUGACUGUUUGGACACAUCUAGUGUUGGAGCUGUUAGAAUGCUCUAAAUGCUACUAUGUAAAAUCACUGCUGAAAAUGUGCAUCAGGUUCUGUGGUAUACGAGUCAAUAUCCCUCAGAUGGCUUCAGAAUUGCUGCAGAGAAAGGCUAGUACUUUAAUCCAGAAUUUGAUGAAAUUGUGGCAAGAGUGUCCAGCAACUGAGGGCGAUCACCCUGGGGUUGCAGUCCUAAACCUCAGGAAUACGUACAGUUUUGGAUAAAGGUAAACGUGGGUAACUGUGUAAACAUGCUAGAAUGCUCUUAAGUUAUUCUUAUGUGCAGCCUUUUUAUGGAAGGGUCUGUGUUUGGAGUAUUAAGCUGUUGAGGAAGUUAGAGGACUAGAGCAUUGUUGCCUAGCUCCUAAAGCUGCAGAAUAAACUUACCACAGCUCAGAAGGAGCUCCUCCUGGGUUUCUUUGUUUCAAAAAUAGGUUAGGAAGUACCAUGAAAAAUGAACGGUGGGUCCUUUGCUCAGUUUUGUAGAUCUUGGUAGGGUGGAAAGGGAAAUUCCACCUGAUUCAGAGCUCUGUUCUUCCCUCCAAUUUUGGGUCUUUAGUUCUUUCAUGCUCGUGUGUGUGUGUGUGUGCACACGCAUGUGUGUGUGUUCCCUUGCACUGGCAGCAGCUGAACAAAGGAGUUUGCUGUGGAGUGAGCCCAAACCCACAAAAAUACAGAAAAGAAAUCACGUCCCUCAAGUCCAGCCUGUUCUUUUAACAGGUAAUUAUGAGUUUGCUGUAAGGAAAAUGUGAAUAGUAAAUUCCCUGGGUUGCAUGGGAAAAGGAAUAAUUGGCAAAUACCACGUAACAAUUUGGCUUUUAAGAAGGUACUCUACCUGUGUGGAUGGGAGCAGCUGUUUCGAAAACAGUCUUAUUCCCCCCCCACCCCCCACCCCAUUGGAAGAUUUCCCUUAUUCCACUGAAUAUUUCUUAAUGGAGCAGAAAAGAGAAAGACAGUUCUUUGGUGUUACUAAAAUUAGUGGAAAUGGUCACAUUCAGUCACGGUUGAAAAGCAGCACUUUACCUGUAGUAUCCAUUUAUUUUUUUAAACAAUCAUGGCACUUGUGAUGGUAGUGGUGGGUUGGUAACAUCUGAAUAAUCAUUUCUCAACCUGUCAGUGAAGUCAUCCUACAUUAUGUUAAGAAAGCAGAGGGAGAUGGUUUAAAAUGUAUCUUGUCUUGCCAGCCUUAGAUCUUUCUGGUCCUGCUAUUAACCAUGUCUAAAUAAAAUGCUGAAAUGGCACUAAGUAUUAUCUAUAUGUAGAAUAUGUAGUUUGAGCAUCUUUUUCGGUUUGUUGGAUACAUAGUGGUGGUUUGGCAGUAGGUUUUAGGCUGAGAAAAUAAAGCACUUUAUUUACUGCACGA